AUGUAUAGAUGCUGGGCCGCCUUCACGGCGCGCCGCUGGCCGCUGUACCACCCGCUACUCACCAAUAUUGACUGGCAUAAGAAGUACCAGUCGCUGGUGGAGUCGUGCUUCUGCCGCAACUGCUUAGUGCAGAUGUGCGUGCAGGCGCAGCCGGCCGGCGAGGAGAACGCCUGGCGCCGGAACCGCCUGCGGAACGAACUCAAGAUGUUGCGCAACGACCCGCCCGAGGGGAUAGCGGCUACCCCACUGGACCCGAAGUGCUGCCACUGGCAGGCCAGCGUCACGGGGCCCGACGGCUCGCCCUACGAGGGCGGCGUCUUCUACCUUUACAUACAAGUUCCAUACGCGUACCCAAUGAGCCCGCCAGUGGUCCGUUUCUUAACUCGAGUGCUGCACCCCAACGUGUCGCGGCACGGCGACGUGGGCAUCGACUCCGUGCACCACAACUGGUCGCUGGCGCUCACUAUAAGCAAGGUGCUCAUCUCCAUCCAGAGCCUGCUCACAGAUCCAUAUACCGCGGUCUGUAUGGAGCCAGAAAUCGGAGAGAUGUAUGUACGGGACCGCGCCAGAUUCGAAGCCCUCGCACGACGGUGGACGUGGCGAUACGCGAUGCACGACAUCCUACCUCACUGAGACGCGGUAAAGUUCACAAUCGUCUGGCAGAAGCUGUUCUGAGACUAGCCCGCUUGGAAGAGGUACCUAGUCUAUGAAUGAAUCUAAAUGAAAUCUAGCUAUUGAGGCCUUGAAAUUCUGUUCUGAUGCCUUCCCUCUGCUACAAAGCAUAUUGUAAUAUAUUUUAUGUAUUUCAUGCUACAAAACAUGUUUGUCUGAUGCUUAAUGGAAUUUAGUGGUUUCAGUAUAAAGUAGUAGACGAGUAAAAUGUAUCAUUUAUGUAGUCUAUGUCCCAUAUUCCUUAAAAUUAUGGAUUGUAUAAUUUUUGGUACACAGAAACUGCAACAAUGUUAGUCAAAGUUAUUUAUUAGUAUUAUUAAUCUUACAAUCAACACUGGUAUUUAUCAAAUAUGGAACCCUAAAAAGACAGUUAUGUGUUUUGGGUGGCUCUUUAAAAUUUAUGAUGAGUUGUAGACCACAGGAAACUACUGUCUUGCCGGCUACAACGCAUUUUGCAAUCAGUCAAAGGGUGCAAUCACUUGUAAAAAGUUUUUAGAUCGUGAAUGUGACAUCACAAGUCUAAUUUUUAAUGUUGUGGGCAUUGUCUAUCGUAUCUCAUGGUCUGACCUUGUGUAAAUAGUCCAUUAAACUAUCAAGUUCACGGUUUUUGCCAAUAUUUUAGUUAAUUAGCUUAAUAAAAAG